AUGGGUAGAAAGAAGGAGAAGGAGAAGGAGAAGGACAGCUCCAAAGACAGCAGCCGUGGCAGCAGCGACACCGCUGUCACCGCGGCAGCAGACGGCAAGCGGCUGGAGGAGAAGGGCAUCGAGGAGCACCGGCAAGGAAUCGCUGCGGCGGUCGGCGCCCUUUCACCGGCGGGAGGCGCCAGGGCUACCACAAUAGCCGCGGUCGGCGGAUGCCAAGAAGAAUCGAGCCACGAAGCGGGCGACGUUGCUGCUGCUGCGGCUGCAGCCACCGGGACGGCGGCGGCGGCUGGGCAGGGAGCUAGCGGUGCGUUGGUGGCCAGCGGGAGAUCGCUGGCGCCCUCGCCGCCUGUGGGGCCUGCGGCGUUUGCGAGCCCGGCGUUGCCCUCGGCCUUGGUGCCGCAGCCGCUUGGACAGAAGGCGUUUUCCAGCGAGGCGGCGGCGGUGGAGCGCGGGUUGCACAUCCAGCUUGGUGACACCGGCGCGAAGACGGAAUCACAGCUUGGGGGGCAGCAGUUAGAAGCGGCGAAGAGGCUCCGGCACCUGCUGAGCACAAAUAGAGAGAGGAUGGUCCAGGAGAUGCUUAGCCGAGGCUGGGUGCCUCUGCUGCUGAGAUGGUUGGGGCUUGUGCACCGGCCGAGUCUGCAGGUGGAAGCGUUGUCGGCGCUGACGACCGUGGCGCAGACCACGAUAGAGCACACACCUCUGCUUCUCAAGCAUGGAGCCGUCGGCACUCUGGUGAACUUGCUGAAAAGUCCUAGCUUGGAGAUGGUGGAGCAGGCGAUGUGGGUGCUAGGCAAGUUAGCGCAGGAUGGACAGGACGGGACCACUGCUAGAGACGCGGUGCUUCAGGCUGGAGUAUUGGGGCCGCUGGUACGGUGCCUGGAGCAGCACCAGACUUUGCUCAGCCUCCAGCGUAUCGGAGCGUGGUCGCUGUUUAACCUCUUGGACGGGCAGCCCCGGCCCACUGUGGAUGUCGCGACAGUCAACAUGGUGAUGCCGGCGAUCAAUCGGCUACUGAUGGCGGGAGACUUUGAGGUGUUGUGCCAUGCGUGCUCUGCUCUCAGCCAUCUCUGCGAUGGCUCCGCGGCGCACAUCAAGGCAAGAAAAGACUUGCGGUGUUACAUCUGUCCUUCCUGCCCUCAGGUUGUGGUAGAGUCUGGAGUGUGCAAGCGCCUGGUGCAGCUGCUAGACCACCCCAGCUCGCAGGUGGUGAAGCCUGCGCUCCGGACGAUCGGGAACGUGGUCUGUGCCGAGGACGAUGCAGACUACACUGAGGCUAUCCUUGAGGCCGGCUCCGUCGUGUGCCUAAAGAAGCUAAUCGCGCACCCCAACCGCGAGAUCCAGAAGGAGGCGUGCUGGACGCUGAGCAAUAUUGCGGCGGGUUCGGUGAGCCAGAUCCAGAGCGUGCUGGAUAGCGGUGCGAUGCCUCAGCUCAUCAAGCUCGCGACUUCGCCGGAGACGGAGUCCGAGGUGCGAUCAGAGGCCUUCUGGGUCGUCCUCAACGCCGCCAGCUGUGGCUCUGAUGCACAGAUCGAGUAUCUGGUGUCACAGGGGUGCGUGCAGAUCCUCUCGGAUCUCCUUGGGGAGAGCUCGAUGGUGAUGAUGGCCUUGGAAGGGAUCGAGCGGGUGCUCAGCGUUGGCGAUCUCCGCGUGAUGCGGAACGCUAUCGCCUCGCACUCGCAUGCAGAUCCCGAUCAGGGGGGCAAUGGUGCUGGGGAUCACGGGGAGGGAGAGGGAGAAGGGGACCAUUGCAUGGAGUGCGCGAGCAUGGCGGCGGUCGGGGCGGCGGCGGCGGCGGCGGCGGCGGCGAACGCGAGGGACGGUCAUAGCGCCACGGAGGCGUUGGCGGGCGGAGAGGCCGGGGCGUACACGAACCCGUACGCUUGCAUGCUCACGCCCGAAAAGAUCCAGGCGCUAGAGGGGCACAAGAACUCGGCCGUUGCCAAGAGGGCCAACCGCGUGUGGGCGCGUUACUUCGUGACGUGCGCGAUCUGUCGGGGGUCCUUCAGCAGGCACGGCAGCAGUGCCACCUUCUGCGCGGAGUGCAACUGCCACGUCUGCGGCAGCUGCGAUUGUACCGUCUUUCACCUCGCCUACCAGGACAAGCUGUGGGAGGAGAUGGAGGGCAAGGAGCAAAGGGGGAAGAAGGCCCAACAAGCUGCUAAGAAGAACAAGAAGGCUAAGAAGCGAGAAAAGAAGAAGAAUGCGGCGAAGGAAUUGGCCAUAGAGCCUCCGUUGAAGGAGACGAAGGCGGCCGCCGCCGGCGGAGGCGGAGGGAGGGGGGCCGCCGGGGACAAACCUGCUGCUGUUCCGCCGGGCGGCGUCAAGUGGGCCGGCGAGUCGGGAGGGAAGGACAAGGAUAAAGCUGGCGAUGGCGAGAAGGCGAUGCCCGGCCAGCGAUCACCUGGCCUAGGAACGAAGGGGCAUGACCGGUCAUCCUCUCCCAACAAGGCUAGCAGCAGUGCCUCGACAGAGAGCAACAGCGAGGACGAGUACAGCCCGUCGUCCCCCCGCGACUCCAAGUACCACGACAACUGCACAUCGCCGGCGACCUCGACGGCCGCUGCCAUCAUCAACGCCACCGCGGCCGCGGUUAACUCCGCCGCCGCUGCAGCCGCCGUAAAGAAGAGCGGCGCAGGCCGGAGAACGACAGCAACAGCAACAGCAACCACAACAACAACAUCCCCGCCGAAGAAGCCGCCCUUGGGCCGCGCUCAGGCGGCGGUGGCGGCGGUGGCACCCACGGCACCGUCGCCGGAGGAGGAAGAAGUAGAGCGGGGGCAACGGCGCCCGGGGAAGAAGCAGGGCAGGAGAGACCCUCAGCAGCCGGCGGCGGCAGGGAGGGAAAACGGCAAAACUUUGUUCUCGGCCUUGUCGUCGUCGUCGUCGUCGUCGUCGUCGUCGUCGUCGUCAUCGUCGUCAUCUGCUGCUCCCGGGACAGCGGUAGCUGUCGCCAACAGGUGGAAAGGCUCGUCGACAGCGACGGCUAGCAGAGCCCUCGAGGACGAUGACGAGGAGCCGUGGGUUGUAGUCGGCGGCACCGGCGGGAAGCGAGCUGGAGGCACAAAGUGGAACAAGGGGCAUCAGCAGCAGAGGGCGGCGGCGCCACCUGCACCACCGGUUGGAUCGGGCGGCGGCGGCGGCGGCGGCGGCGGGACCUCUUCUGUCGUAUGGGCGAGCGAAUCAAGCCCCGCGAAUGUCGCCGUGUCCGCGGCUACGCCCGUUCGGUCGAGCGCGGUGGCAUCACCACCGCCUGCCGCCGUCUCCGCCACCGGUACAGCACCGCGUGUUUCCGCCCCGUCUCCCUCACUCGUGCAAGUAGUUCCUCCCGGUGGCGGGGGCCCCGGGGGUGCUUGGGGGGGUGCUGGUGUCGUCAAGCCCGCGGUGCCCCCGGCGGUGUCCUCCGGACCCGUAGGUACGCCGAGCUCAACAACCGCCGCGAAAGGAGUCCUCCGCCACCCCGUUGCGAACGGUUUGCAGUUCGCCCCGCAACGGCAGGGGCCAGGCCCGGCGUCCGUGUGGGGUGCGUCUCCGAGUAUCAUGGACGCGAGACACAACCCUCUCUCGGUUGCCCCGUCCGCUGCUGCAUCUUCGCCGCCGCCGCCCCCGCCGGGGUCUUCUCUCGGCGCGCCUUUCGCGGGAUUGCCGGCCGCCGCUAGGGCUCCGGGUCCCUCCAACCGAGCGGGUGUGAUUGGCUCACGGCCACAGGCGGCCGCAGCGGCGGCGGCGGCCGCGGCGGUGGCGAAGUCGGUCGGGCCGUCUUCGCGAGGAGUCCCGACCGCGAACGCUCUUUCGCCCGCGUCGGCUACGGUGGGCAACAGGGUCACGACGACGGUGGCGAGUGUGAAUAGCAAGGGAGGGACCGUGAGCAGCAGCGGCGGUGUGUCGCCUGCCGGUGUCGUGAUCCCUCGGCAAGAAGCACCGAUCGGUAGUGGCAGCAGCAGCAGCGCCAAUAGCAGCAGCAGCGUGAGCAGCCUGUUCCGGAGCGCGUCAACCGGGUCGGAGGCCUUGAUCGAGAACGAGAAGCUGGUCAGCUUCUUGCUCGAGACCGGAUCGAUCUUGGCGCUGGCGCGGCGACUAGAAGAGGAGGAAGACUGGAGGAGGCCAGUGCCAUCGCCCAUCAACUCCCGCCCAGGCUAAAUAGUGCUGCCACACUGGAGAGCUCGGUUGUUGCCGGAGAAUCCGCGGAGACAGUGCGGUCGAUCGAUGUGUAGAAUGAUGGCAUUGCUGCUUGUUUUUGUUGCAGCCAUUUGCGUGCUGUUGUUGUCAUGUGGUGUGAGUUUCAAUUAGUUGUUUUCGCAUCGGGUGUUGCUGAGAGGGCGUCGGCCAAGGACUCCACGUGGGGGUGGACUCUUCAGCACAGCCCCUUGUUGCGACAUGUUUGUGUGUGUUCUUGUCUUACCCACCAUGUCGGUGCGUUUGGAUUCGUUCGACGUCCUCUCCAACUUUUACAUAAGCAUAUCUACGAUGGGACGUGUUUUCGGCUGUGCUUUUUUUAUCUUCCUCUUGGUGCUGAUGUAGGUUGUUCUAGAAUACGGAUGCAAGCACUUCGGGACUUCAUUCUUGCGGAUUACUCCCGGACUCUACCUGGGGCUUGCUCUUUGGUGCUUGUAUGUUUUUGUGUGGUCAGGCUACAGUCGUCCAUUGAGUCCAUGGAGUCCAUUGAGUCAUGUCAAGAGCAGGCCAACCAACAAGACUUGAUACUGGGUCAUUACAGGUUACCACGGCUGCAAUGCUUCAUAGAUGCAUGCGUGACUGUUGGCGUUCCGCCUCGCACCAACACGCCUCCGGUUUCUCUCGAUUCCUACUCGAUACCAGUAGUAUGGAGUGAAUAAUACAAGGAAAACGUUC